AUGUAUGCAUGUGCACACGUCUAUCUUCAUACCAAUGCCAACACGCAUGACCAUGCACGCUGGUUCUGCCAAACCACAGCCUAUGCAACGGUCUGCGUGAACUCUGACCUGAGUAUUUGUCUCCGACCCGUUCCCUUCACACCCUCCGAUGAACUCACUGAGGCUGAGCAGCUCGGUCAGGUUGAGCCGGGAUCCGAGUUCGUCUUCUACUUUCUCGGCCAUGGGCGUGCUCUCAUCCGAGCAGUAGGAGAGCUGGUUGCCAAGGCCGUCUCGACUUCAGGCUUCGGCUCUGGUAAUCCGGCUUACCUUCGUGCCGAGAUCAAAGGCGAUGUGAAGGUGGAGACGAGCAACCAGCUUGUGGCUGCCUGUAUCUGGGAGAUAUAG